AGUCGCAUCGGUUAGAGUAUGGCGUUAACAUAUAUUCUCUUCCAAGUGGCGGUCGCCUUGCUGGCGAUCAUUACUUACUAUCUUCACCGAAAACUAACAUUCUUUAAACGUCGGGGUAUUCCUUUCGAAACACCGCAUCCGAUCAGGGGAAACAUGGUGGAACUAAUGAAAACAAAGAACUUUCACCAAAUUCAGCAAGAUCACUACGACAAGUUCCGGGAGAGCAAAGCACCAUUUGUUGGGUUCUUCCUUUUCCAGAAUCCAGCCGCAUUUGUUAUUGAUCUGGAUCUGGCCAAGCACAUCCUGGUCAAGGACUUCUCCAACUUCUCUAACAAAGGAAUGUUCUACAACGAAAAGGAUGAUCCCAUAUCCGCACAUCUCUUCAACCUGGAUGGCCCUCAGUGGCGUUUGCUGAGGAACAAAUUAUCCUCGACCUUUACAUCCGGCAAAAUGAAGUUCAUGUAUCCGACAGUAGUGUCCGUGGCCGACGAAUUUAUGACGGUGAUGCACGAAAAGGUAUCCAAAAACUCUGUGCUGGAUAUUCGUGAUCUGGUAUCCAGAUUUACGGUCGAUGUGAUCGGAACCUGUGCCUUUGGCAUUAAGUGCAACAGUCUGCGAGAUGAAAACGCCGAGUUUCUGUAUUUUGGAAAGAGGUCCUUAGUGGACAAGCGACAUGGCACGCUAGUGAACGGCUUCCUGCGCAGCUAUCCCAAAUUGGCCAAGAGAUUGGGUUUCGUUCGAACAGCGCAACAUAUUCAGGAUUUCUACCAUAGAAUUGUCACAGAGACUGUGGCGGUGCGAGAAAAGGAGAAUAUCAAACGGAACGAUUUCAUGGACAUGCUCAUUGAAAUGAAGAAUCAAAAGGAAAUGACUCUGGAGAAUGGCGAAGUGGUUAGAGGACUGACCAUAGAGGAGGUCCUUGCACAAGCCUUUGUGUUCUUUAUAGCUGGCUUCGAGACAUCCUCCUCCACCAUGGGAUUUGCCAUAUACGAACUGGCCAAGAACCCGUAUAUCCAAGAUAAGGUCAGAGCCGAGGUGGAGGAUGUCCUAGAGCAGCAUAACCAACAGUUCACCUAUGAGUGCACCAAGGAUCUCAAGUACCUUAACCAGGUUAUAAAUGAAACUCUACGACUCUAUACCAUUGUACCGAAUCUGGAUCGAAUGGCCGCUAAGCGCUACGAAGUUCCCGGCCAUCCGAAAUUUGUCAUCGAGGCUGGUCAGUCGGUCAUCAUUCCAUCAUCUGCCAUUCAUCACGAUCCCAGCAUCUACCCCGAACCCUACGAGUUCCGGCCAGAACGAUUCUCCCCCGAGGAAUCGACUAGUCGUCCUUCAGUAGCCUGGCUGCCUUUUGGAGAUGGUCCUCGCAACUGCAUUGGUCUGAGAUUCGGACAGAUGCAGGCCCGCAUUGGACUCGCUCUGCUCAUCAAGAACUUCAAGUUCUCCACCUGCUCAAAAACGCCAGAUCCCCUGAUCUACGAUCCCCGCUCAUUUGUACUCGGUGUAAAAGACGGUAUCUAUCUCAACAUAGAAGAAGUCUAACUCGAAAGAUGAGAGCUAUUAAAGCGGUGCCAAAGAA